AACUCCACGCCAGCAAUACGUAGGAUGCAGGGUUAAUAUAGAGAUGACUGAAUGGAAACUUAUCGGAUAUUUAGCUUACUAUUUUAUUUCUGGACAUUUUUAAUGUCCACUGGAGGCCAAAUUAAACAUGGAAAGGACGACCUUUACAAGUAGUGAAGAACUUUAAAUGUAUCACCUUAAACCUACACCAAGCCACAGACAGGAAACAUCAGAGUCUGAGUAAGCCCUGAGUAUUCAUAGCACUGGCUGGUCUCAUUCCAUAUCAUCAAGAUGCCUGUUCUAGAGAAACCCAAGCAAGAUCAAGGGAAACCCAAAGACCACAAGGACAGCUAUGUGUUACCCAAGCUUCCAGUGCCACCUUUGCAAAAGACCACAGACAUGUAUUUGAAGUGCAUGAAGCAUCUGGUGACAGAGGAGGAGUUCAAGAGGACCAAGGCCAUUGUGGAGAAGUUUACAGCUCCCGGAGGGACAGGGGAGUUUCUACAACAAAAGCUGCUAGAAAAGAGAGAGAAAACUGAUAACUGGGUAUAUGACUAUUGGCUGGAGGAUAUGUAUUUGAAUAACAGGUUGGCUCUUCCUGUGAACUCCAGCCCUGCUAUAGUCUUCCCACGACAGAAUUUCCAUGAUCAAAAUGACCUUCUCAGAUUUUCUGCUCAUCUAAUUUCUGGAGUUUUAGAUUACAAAGCUUUGCUUGAUGCACAUGCCCUGCCUAUAGAUUAUGCGCGAGGGCAGCUGGCAGGGACCCCACUUUGCAUGGAGCAAUACUACAGACUCUUCUCAUCUUACCGUCUGCCUGGCCACAAGAAGGACACCCUGGUAGCCCAGAAGAACAGUAUCAUGCCAGAGCCAGAACAUAUUAUUAUAGCAUGCAAAAACCAGUUCUUUGUUUUAGAUGUUGUGAUAAACUUCCGACGUCUCAGCGAAAGAGAUUUAUUCACUCAGCUAGAGAAAAUACUUAAAAUGGCAGAGAAUGAAGAAGAACGCCUUCCACCCAUAGGUCUGCUAACAUCAAAUGGAAGAACUGAAUGGGCUGAAUCCAGGGCAAUAAUCAUGAAAGAUUCUACCAAUAGAGACUCGCUAGACAUGAUCGAGCGAUGCCUGUGUCUGGUGUGUUUGGAUGAUCCAAGUGGGAAUGAACUCACUGAUACUAAUCGAGCUCUGCAGAUGUUACAUGGAGGGGGCUAUGAUAAAAACAGUGGGAAUCGCUGGUAUGAUAAACCCAUGCAGUUUAUUAUAGGGAUGGAUGGGACCUGUGGUGUUGUUUGUGAGCACUCCCCUUUUGAAGGAAUUGUACUAGUACAGUGCACUGAGCAUCUUCUGAAGUACAUGAAAGGAAGCCCUUCUAAGUUUGUUAGAGCUGCUAGUGUUUCCAAACUUUCUGCUCCUAGGAAAUUACGUUGGAAAUGUUCUCCUGAAGUUCAGGGGCUGUUAGCUUCUUCAGCAGAUCAAUUACAAAGGUUGGUGAGGAAUCUGGACCUAAAUGUAAACAAGUUUAAAGUUUAUGGCAAAGAAUUUAUAAAGAAGCAAAGAAUGAGCCCAGAUGCUUACAUCCAAGUUGCUCUGCAACUAACAUUUUACAGAUGCCAUGGCAAGCAAGUUCCUACUUAUGAAAGUGCUUCCAUACGACGCUUUCUAGAGGGGAGAGUGGAUAACAUCCGGUCAGCUACUUAUGAAGCAUUAGUAUUUGCUAAAGCAAUGACUGAUGGAAAAUCAACAGUACCAGAUUCUGAAAAGAUGCAAAGACUCUGGGAAGCAAUUAAUGCUCAGACCAAUUACACUAUCCUUUCCAUUACUGGAAUGGCAAUUGACAAUCACUUACUUGGACUUCGAGAGAUAGCUCAUGAGCUGAAGAUGGAGACGCCAGAGAUAUUCACAGAUGAAACUUUCUUAAAAAGCAAUCGCUUUAUCCUUUCAACAAGCCAAGUUCCCACCACAGUAGAUAUGUUUUGCUGCUAUGGUCCUGUGGUCCCCAAUGGCUAUGGUGCCUGCUAUAACCCACAAUCAGAUCACAUCAUCUUCUGCAUUUCAAGUUUCAGAGACUGUAAGGAAACCUGUUCCACUGUCUUUGCAAAAGUCUUAGAGGAGUGUUUGGUUGAGAUGAGAGAUUUGUGCAGUAAGUACAACAUGGCAGCCAAGGCUGCUGAUAAAAAGGAAGGAGCAGACAAACAUGUGAAAAAUGGAAGCAAGCCAUAAUCUAUUAUCGUAAAGCCCAAACACCUUACUGUUCGGCUACUCCUGUCAACUCAAUCCGCUUAUCCAUACAUCUGUUGUACUGACUAAAGCGUGCAAGAAAUCCUGGUUCUUUUUUUAUUAUUUUUUGCAGUUAACAUAGAUGUUAUAGGGCUUUUU